AUGCACUACAUUUUCUGGCAUACCGGUAAUUUCAACCAGCCUCUCAGCAAUUGGGAUGUCAGCAAAGUAACAUCAUUUUUUGGGGCUUUUGAAGCCAGCAAGUUUAAUCAAGACAUCUCCAACUGGAAUGUUGCUGCUGGCAUAGGUUUUGACUUCAUGUUUUUUUCUUCACAAUUCAACCAAGACCUGUGUGAUUGGGGAAAUGGAGCCACAGCACUUACCUCCACUAACCUGGGAAACAUGUUUGCUAGUUCCGGCUGCCCAGAUACAAGCAAUCCAAGUUUCGCUACAUCUCCAAGAGGCCCCUUUUGCUAUGCAUGUGGUGUUCCAUCUUCUGCCCCAUCACCAGCACCAAUACCUUACGUGUUCACAAGGGCUACACUUGAUAUAGCAAUUGCUGCUGGUGACUUCUCUGCCUCCAGUCCCUAUGGUGCCAUUGCAACCUGGGAUGUCUCUGGGAUAACUGAUUUCAGUAGCCUGUUCCUAGGUACUACAUUCAAUCAAGACAUUUCCGAUUGGGAUGUGUCCUCCGGUGUAAAUAUGUAUUCAAUGUUUCAUUCCAACUCGGCGUUCAAUCAAAAUAUCAAUGGAUGGACAACAAGUUCUUUGACAAAUAUGCACUACAUUUUCUGGCAUACCGGUAAUUUCAACCAGCCUCUCAGCAAUUGGGAUGUCAGCAAAGUAACAUCAUUUUUUGGGGCUUUUGAAGCCAGCAAGUUUAAUCAAGACAUCUCCAACUGGAAUGUUGCUGCUGGCAUAGGUUUUGACUUCAUGUUUUCUUCACAAUUCAACCAAGACCUGUGUGAUUGGGGAAAUGGAGCCACAGCACUUACCUCCACUAACCUGGGAAACAUGUUUGCUAGUUCCGGCUGCCCAGAUACAAGCAAUCCAAGUUUCGCUACAUCUCCAAGAGGCCCCUUUUGCUAUGCAUGUGGUGUUCCAUCUUCUGCCCCAUCACCAGCACCAACACCCUACGUGUUCACAAGGGCUACACUUGAUAUAGCAAUUGCUGCUGGUGACUUCUCUGCCUCCAGUCCCUAUGGUGCCAUUGCAACCUGGUUCCUAGGUACUACAUUCAAUCAAGACAUUUCCGAUUGGGAUGUGUCCUCCGGUGUAAAUAUGUAUUCAAUGUUUCAUUCCAACUCGGCGUUCAAUCAAAAUAUCAAUGGAUGGACAACAAGUUCUUUGACAAAUAUGCACUACAUUUUCUGGCAUACCGGUAAUUUCAACCAGCCUCUCAGCAAUUGGGAUGUCAGCAAAGUAACAUCAUUUUUUGGGGCUUUUGAAGCCAGCAAGUUUAAUCAAGACAUCUCCAACUGGAAUGUUGCUGCUGGCAUAGGUUUUGACUUCAUGUUUUUUUCUUCACAAUUCAACCAAGACCUGUGUGAUUGGGGAAAUGGAGCCACAGCACUUACCUCCACUAACCUGGGAAACAUGUUUGCUAGUUCCGGCUGCCCAGAUACAAGCAAUCCAAGUUUCGCUACAUCUCCAAGAGGCCCCUUUUGCUAUUCAUGUCCUUAA